CACCAGUGACGUAAAACAAUAACAGGAAGCGACUGGCGCACGUUGGAGCAUGGCUCAGGCGCGGACAUCAGGGAGGAGGUACCUGAGGGCCUUUGUGAGCGGGUUCUUCGUUGCUGUUCCUGUGACUGUUACGGCUCUGGACCGUUUUGCUUAUGUUGCCAGAGUAGAAGGAGCUUCCAUGCAGCCCUCUCUGAAUCCGGAUGGAUCAGACAGCGAUGUCGUUCUGCUGAAUCGUUGGAGUGUGAGAAACUUCCAGGUCCAACGCGGCGAUAUUGUCUCUGUUGUGUCUCCUAGGAACCCACAACAGAAGAUCAUCAAGAGAGUGAUCGGCCUCGAGGGAGACUUCAUCAGAACAAUGGGGUAUAAGAACCGAUACGUCAAAGUUCCUGAUGGACAUUUCUGGAUUGAAGGAGAUCACCAUGGACACAGUCUGGACAGUAACAGCUUUGGACCGGUCUCUGUUGGACUUCUACACGGACGGGCAUCUCACAUCAUCUGGCCUCCUCAUCGAUGGCAGAGGAUCAGUCCAGCUUUGCCCCCAAACCGAGGACCCCUCGAAAUCAACGAGGACCAAGAAUGACUUUUUAUAGAUGUAAAAAAAAGACUGAUGAGGUUCAACUUUUUGAUAAACAGCUCUCUAUCCAUGUUUUUCAAAAUGAUGCCAUAGCGAUUAACAAGUUAAAGUGUUAUGUAGUAGUUUAGCAGUGAAAAAAGUGAAUUUUGUUCCUCUUUAAAACAAAAUAUUAUAUCUUUUGUUUUGAAUGAGAAAAUAGUCCUCAAAAAUACAUGAGUGAAAAACAUAUGGGUGGAUCUUACUAUAGGUUACAUACAUGGACACCACGACUUUCUAAACGGUCCAUAGAUUAAACUAGAUCUUAGGACGAAAUGUUAUAAUCGACUGUUACCAUGGAAAUCUGCCAUGUUUGAAGCACUAGUGCAAAACGCUAAUAGUGAUACAUUAGCAAAAACAAUGUACAAAAGAGCCAUGCAACAACGCAAUGCCUAUCCACAUGAAACCAAAACUGGCACAAAGUUCAACAUCUUCUCUGUCAGUAUAAAUAAACAAUUUGAUUUUUUGUACUAUCAAGGAAAAAGUGGUGACAGCAAUGUUCAUUCAUGAAGUCGUGAUCGUUGUCUGCUGUAUUCGACCCUGCUCUCCAUUUGAGAUUAUGAAAUCAAAUUCUGAAACGUGAACAUGAACUAUUUGAAAUAUGUCACUUUUUUAAGGAAUUUGCCUGAAAAAUAUUGUUGCCAUUAUCUGCUAUUUUAGAAAUUCAGUAUAAGAAAUUCUGUAUAAUCUGGGAGGGAUUAUUUCAAUGACAAUAGUCUGAUUAUAGUUAUAGUUGCAGUUCAUCAGGAUUAUGCUAAAAUGUGCCUGUAAAUGCCAUGAUUAAACUGUAAAAUCAAAAGUACAGAAGUAUUGCUGUGUUUGUAUUAUUUUUGAUCACAUUUUUACUGCCUUUGAUAAUUUUAGUUGCAUUACAAUUUGUGGGAUUAUGGCCAUUUUUGUUCACAAUGGGAAUUCCUUUGCUGGAAAAUUGUGACAGAAAUUGAACUUUUUUGUGUGUGUGUUUUUUAAGUGAUAUUAAAGAAUUCCAAGCUGCUU